AACUUAGAUUUCUCGAUAGCUGCAUAUCAGAGAAAGCUUUUAUUAAUUUAAUAACUAGUGAGGCAGCAACAUUCGAAGCUGUGUACAAUAAGUCAAGUGGGUACCAGAAAAAUGGGUGCAUUAGAGUCCUCUUUAGAGGACGAAACCUUACAAUCAACGAAAAUAAAAAAUUUAAAAGAAAUUCGUUUCCACCUCCAAGACAAGGAACAUGUCGUUAAAACUGAAGACAUUGAUCCAAACACAUCUCUGAAUUUUUACCUCCGGAACCAUCUCCACUUGACCGGAACGAAAGUAAUGUGCCGUGAAGGCGGAUGUGGGUCUUGUGUGGUUGUUUUACAAAACAAAGAUCCCGUUACACAUAAGAACAUAUUUUUGGCAGUGAAUUCGUGUUUGGUACCCAUUCUAUCAAUCAGUGGGUGGAAGAUUUACACCAUUGAAGGCAUCGGUGACCCUCUGAACGGGUACCACCCGAUUCAAAAAGUUCUGGCGCUUUUUAAUGGCACGCAGUGUGGUUUCUGCUCACCAGCCAUGGUAAUGAAUAUGUUUGCGUUGUACGAAUCCGGAAAACUGACAAUGGAGGAGGUUGAAAACUCAUUCGGCGGAAAUAUUUGUCGGUGUACCGGUUACAGGCCAAUUUUGGCGGCUUUUAAGUCUUUGUGUGGAGAUGCAAAUCCGGAGCUGCUAGGGCAGUACCCGGAUAUUGAGGAUUUAGUUGUUUGUCAGAGGGAGAAGUGUGGGUGGGAAUAUAUCGAAAAGUGUGACGAAAUGGCUAAAGUACCGACUUAUACACUUUUGAAGAACUCGUCUAAGUGGAUUAGGGUUCAUACUUUGAGGGAUUUGCUUAAGACUAUGCGUUCUUUUACGUCGUCGACUUAUAGACUAGUGGCUGGAAAUACAGCCCAAGGGGUGUAUCUAUCGUAUGCCAACCCAGUCGAUUUGUAUAUAGAUGUCACCUCAGUUCCCGAAUUGAGUGGAUAUGAAUUCAGAGGCAAUUCUCUUAUUCUGGGAGCUAAUAUAACUCUAUCCAACACCAUAGAUGUUUUUCGAAAAAUUGCCCAAACUUAUCCGAAUUUCUCGUAUCUAAACCAAAUGGCUAAUCAUAUCGACUUAAUCGCUAACUUACCCGUCAGAAACAGAGGAACUAUUGCUGGAAACUUAACUAUAAAACACGACUACAACGAAUUUCCGUCUGAUAUGUUUCUGCUCUUGGAAACCGUAGGUGCUCUUUUAACAAUAGUGACCGUCGACGGCACUCAAACUAUUCAGCGUCCAAGCGAUUUUAUCAAAAGCGACAUGAAACUGAAAGUUUUGCAAAAAAUUACUCUACCGGAACACCCAAAAUCGGUAAAAUUUAUAAGCUACAAAAUCAUGCCACGUGCUCAAAAUGUUCAUGCUAUGGUCAACGCAGGAUUUCUGUUCCAAUUUCGUACGAAUCUUCAACUAGAAAAUGUCACUAUUGUCUAUGGAAACAUAAACGACGAGUUCGUUCAUGCUUCAAAUACGGAAAAAAUUUUGAAAGGGGCAAAUUUGUUUGAUAAUCAGACUUUACAGGCAGCUUUUGGUACUCUUUCGUUGGAAUUACAAGCUGAUGAAAGACCUCCUGAUCCAUCUCCGCGGUAUAGGCAGCAGCUAGCCAUUUCACUUUUCUACAAGGCGGUCCUGUACUUGGCUCCAGACCAUCUACUGUCGCCUAAAAAUUUGUCAGGUGGUCCUAUUUUACAACGACCAGUUUCUAACGGGACCCAAGACUACGAGACCAAUCAGUCUUUAUACCCUUUGACCAAACCAAUACCGAAGUUAGAAGCGCUUGCCCAGACCAGCGGACAAGCUAAGUUUAUAGACGAUAUGCCCGAUUUACCCAACCAGUUAUACGGAGCUUUAGUGUUAGCCCAUGCCCCACCAAACUCCAGAAUCAUUCACAUCGACAGCAAAAAGGCUUUAGAAGUCGACGGCGUUGUUGCUUUCUUCAGUAAAGACCAUAUUCCAGGUGACAACAAUUUCACUCCCUUAGGUAUAGCUUUCAUCAGCUCGGAGGAAGAAAUUUUUUGCAGUGGAAGAGUCAUGUAUUACCAGCAACCAAUAGGAAUCGUGGUAGGUCGCCGUGACGACAUAGUCCAGUACGCAUCCACUUUGGUAGAAGUCGUCUACGAAGAAUCAAACGUUGAACCUUUGCUUUCGACUCGUCAAAUUUUAAGAUCUGGACGUGGCGAUAGAAUUAUCAAUGUUAGAACAGUGCAACCAAGACGAAGAGGCAACGAUGUUCGUCACGUAAUCAAGGGAACUUUUGAUAUUUACCAGCAGUACCACUUCCACAUGGAACUACAAUGUUGCAACGUAGUACCAACUGAAGAUGGACUUGACGUUUACCCGUCGACUCAGUGGAUGGAUUUGACUCAAAUCGCGAUAGCCAACAUGUUGAAUAUUCCAAAUAGUAGAGUGAAUGUGACUGUUCGACGAUGUGGAGGAGCCUUUGGUGCUAAAAUUAGCAGAAACGGGCUGGUAGCAUGUGCAGCAGCCUUAGCUUCUUGGAAGUUGAGACAACCCGUGAAGUUGUCUUUACCGUUAAGAACUAACAUGGCUGCUCUUGGUAAACGGUUUCCGCUUUCAAUGGACUACGAAGUAGGUGUGAAUGACAGUGGGGUUAUCCAGUAUCUUAAUUGCACCCAUUACAUGGAUGUGGGAGCCCAAGCAAACGAAGACCUUUCGAAUGAAAUGGUUACUCUUUUUAUGUCGGCGUACGACCCAGACACGUUUACUAUUGAUGUGAAUAAAACUAUCACUGAUACCCCUACUAACAGUUGGGCGAGAGCUCCAGGGUCGUUGGAGGGAUUAGCCUCCCUUGAAGCUAUAAUGGAACACAUUGCCUUUAGUUUGAAUCUUGACCCACUAGAGUUGCGACUUCGUAAUCUUAAAACAGGGGUACCGCUUGCCCCCUAUAUCAACGACCUGAAAACCUGGGCUGAUAUAGACGCCAGAAAACAAGAAAUUGACAAUUUUAACAAGGAAAACCGGUGGAAAAAGAAAGGUCUGGCGGCAGUACCCAUGGCGUAUGAAUUGGUAAUAGGUGGCCCCUACGCCGCCAUGGUGUCUAUUUUCCACGGAGACGGUAGUGUGCAAGUUGGUCAUGGUGGUAUAGAAAUCGGUCAAGGAAUUAACACUAAAGUUGCUCAAGUAUGUGCCUACAAAUUGGGAAUACCACUAGAGAAAGUCUCCAUAGUACCUAGUACCAGUUUCGCGGCAGCCAACUCGCUUCAAACUGGCAGCAGCAUUACAUCAGAAGCUGUGUGCUAUGGUACUAUUCAAGCGUGCGAUCAGUUACUGGCACGAAUCAAACCAGUACGUGACAGGUUAGGAAACCCAUCGUGGGGAGAGCUAAUCCAGGAGUGUUUUGCAGAGUACUUAAGGUCACGUAUCACUCCCAGGUACUCUCCAAACGAACCCAACAUUCAAACCUACGAGGUUUACGGUGCCUGUGCUUCUGAGAUUCUUCUUGACGUUUUAACCGGACAAUAUUUAAUAACCAGAGUGGAUUUGCUUGAGGACACUGGACAGUCCAUGAGUCCGGUAAUCGAUAUUGGUCAGAUCGAAGGGGCAUUUGUGAUGGGUAUGGGGUACCACACUACUGAACAGAUCGUUUACAGUUAUGAAGGUAGACUUUUGACGAAUAGAACAUGGAAUUACUAUCCUCCAGGUGCUAGAGAUAUACCGAUUAAUUUUAAUGUGAAGUUUCCUAAGAAUAAUCCGAAUCCUGUGGGCGUUUUGAAAUCGAAAGCAACUGGUGAACCGCCUACUUGUUUGUCAAUGUCUGUUCCGUUGGCGGUUCGACAUGCUGUGGCGUCGGCUAGGGCUGACGCAGGAGAGGCGAUUGGGUGGUACCCAAUUGAUGGACCCACAACCGUGGAGAACGCCUUUUUGAAUUGUUUGAAUGAUUACACUCACUAUACCUUGUAAAAAGGCCUAAGUAAUUGGGCCUUCAGCCUUAAGAGACUGUAUUAUUAUUUCUAGCUAAAAUUUCAACAUAAACAUUGUUAUUAAGGAAUAAGGGUUACAUUAUACUGGAAAUGUUU